AAUAUUUUUUUGUAGAGAUUAUUCCUGCAGUUCUCGCGCCAAACAGGCAUCGCGUCGGCUAGGAAAAUAGCCAAUGCGGUAGCAGUCGCGGACGGUGGGCCGGUGAACGCGCAAACACGUUAUUUACCAGUGCAUGCGUAGAGAUGCGGCAAAAGCGAGUUCGGUCUCGGGUCGGGAUCCUACCUGUCCGGGCGUCGAAGUUACUUUAUUCAGGAGAUUAAUUGCGUCGAGUGCUGUUCGAACCACGGAUUUGAGAAUUCGCAGACGAAAUUCGGAGGAAGCGAGCGCGCGCGUGCGAAUUCAACUCGCGCCCGAAAAUGGAGAUUAUUUUCAGUUUCGUACCGGCAGUACGUUCGAUCGCCGCUUAAUUUUACGGCCGACCGCGAAAGGCGGCCGGAUAUAUCCGAUUAAUUUAAUGACCGAUAUCGUAGGAGUUGUUGAGCUCGCCCGAGGGAAGAUACACGAGCACAUAUCGUCGGAGGGAUGGUAAACGUAUGCCAGGCCGUGAGCGGCUUCGAGAAUGGUUCAGCGACGUUAAUACUCCGAUAAGGAUUAUGUGAAAAAUCGAUUAGUCGAGCAAACCGGUCGGAUGGUAUUUAUGCCGUCCCGCAGCCGAACUGUAUUACUUGUUUUGAGGGCGUGUGGCGUAUACGGCCCAUUGUAACGUUUUGCAAU